AUGCCUCACAGAAACACGGUAACAUGGAAUGCAAUGAUCAGAGGGUACUUCCAAAAUGGGAAUGCUGAUAAAGCUUUGCACUUGUAUAGUCAGAUGCCUGUUCGUGAUAUAUUUUCACAUAAUACUGUGAUCUCUGGGCUAAUGCAGCGUGGGGAUUUAAAGGGGGCUGAGGAGGUUUUUGAAUGUAUGGGUGAUAGAGAUGUUGUGACGUGGAAUUCGAUGAUUUCUGGAUAUGUGAAUAAUGGGAUGGUGGAUACUGCACUUGGUGUGUUUAACGAGAUGCCUGUGAAAGAUGUGAUUUCAUGGAACUUAGUCAUUGCUGGCUUAGUGAAGAUCAAAAUGUUGAAUUUGGCUGAGCAUUUGUUCAGGGAAAUUGCCACUCCAGAUGUUGCGUCAUGGACAAUUAUGAUAAAGGGGCUUCUAAGUGUGGGACGGAUUGCUGAAGCGAGAGAGUAUUUUGAUGGUAUGCCAAUAAGGGAUGUUCAAGCUUGGGAAACUAUGAUUGUUGGGUAUUUGGAGAAUGGAUAUGUUGAAAUUGCAGAAGUUUUGUUUCAAAAGAUGCCCAACAAGGAUCAGAGUUCCUGGAAUGAAGUUAUUGGUGGGUUGGUGAGUGUUGGGCUGUUAACUGAUGCUGUGAAGUUUUUUGGAGAGAUGCCUCAGAAACAUGGAAGACUGUUCAAUCUAAUCCUGUUGGGGUUCAUUAGGAAUGGAUUGGUAAGAGAAGCUCACACUUUCGUAGAGAAAUACUGCAUUAGUGAUGUAGUGUCAUGGACAAAUUUGAUCAUUGGAUACUUUGAAGUAGGUGAGGUCAAGAGUGCAACUAAGCUAUUUGAGUUGAUGCCAAAUCGUGAUACCACGUCAUGGAAUGCUGCCAUAUUUGGGCUAGGAGAAAAUGAUCACAUAGAAGAAGGUGUAAACCUAUUUAUUAAGAUGAAAAAAGAAGAUCUGACCCAGGAUGAAGCUACAUUUACAAGCAUUUUUGUAUUAUGUUCUAAUAUGGCUUCUUUAAAUCUUGGCAUGCAAACUCAUGCGCUUGUAAUUAAGGCUGGAUUAGAUGAUUUUACUUCAGUAGGUAAUGCAAUAAUUAACAUGUAUUUUAGAUGUGGAAACAUAGGAUCUGCAUUUGGUCAAUUCUCUAUUAUGUUGUGCCAUGAUGUCAUUUCAUGGAACUCUAUAAUCUGUGGAUUAGCUCACCAUGGAAAUGGUGAAUUAGCUUUGAAGAUGUUUGAGAAUAUGAGAUUGACAGAUGUGAAGCCCAAUGAAAUAACCUUUGUUGGUGUACUGUCCGCCUGUAGUCAUGCUGGACUUGUGGAAAGAGGUAAAUGUUACUUUGAUGCCUUGAAAAAUGAAUACUCUGUACCACCCACUGCUGAGCACUAUACUUGUGUUGUUGAUCUGUUGGGUAGAUUUGGACUUAUACAUGAAGCAAUGAGCAUUUUGGAUCAAAUGAGAGGUGAUGGCCUAGAAGUGCCUGCAAGUGUUUGGGGAGCCUUGCUUGGGGCCUGUAGAACGCAUAAGAACUAUGAGGUGGGUAAAAUUGCUGGGGAGAGGAUUUUGGAAUUAGAGCCAUCCAACUCUGGUAUGUACAUGAUGCUAGCUGAAAUUUUUCAAGCUAGUGGGCAAAGAGAAGAAGCUGAAAGGAUGUGGAUUAGAAUGAAAGAUGAGGGAGUAAAGAAGCAACCUGGAUGUAGUUGGGUUGAAUCAAACAACAGAAAUCACAUAUUUCUGGCUGGAGAUCGGACUCACCCUGAUUUUUGUACUGUAUCACAUACACUGGAGUUGAUGUACUGGGAAAUGGAUGAAGGAGUUCUUACAGCGGAGGCUUCCUCAGUUCAAGAAAUUGAAGUCCAUAUACGUUUUCCAUCAGCUCCAUGUUCGGGUGAAUUGCUGCCCUAUUGUUAG